UUAAGGCAUUAAGAUCAAUUUCCAAAAGAUGAUUUUGUAUUCCUCGUUUUAGUCAACUUUAACAUGGGUUCAUAAACUUAUGAGCUCAAAUGUAGAAUAAAAGUUUAAAUAGCUUAAUAUUUAGCCUAAUCCGUUUUGCAACUGAUCUCCACCAGGAUAGCCUAAUUCCCAUUUUAUAGACCUACAUUUACAAAUGCCUAACUCUUGCAGAAUAGAACAAAAGCCCCACUUUUUACUGUGAUGUUAAGUAGGUUACUAAAAGAUCAGGCAAACAAUGAAAUUCAAACUGGUUGCAACCAUCCACAUGUGGAAGACGUCAAACAUCUGUCAAGUGUCUUCUCUGAAUGUCUUCUCUGUUAUGAAAACAUCCAUAAUUAUGGUAUGACACAUAAUGUGGCAAGAGCAAAGCAGUUGUCACUUGUGCAUGUGAUGGAUUGUGUUUUCUGUGAAAGUCUCUGUAGUUAUCUGAGCGCCUCCUGUCAUCGUGCUGAAAUUAAAAAAAUAAUACACACAUUCUAGAGACUUCCAUCUAUUUGCUGGAGCUUAAUUCGAGUCUGUGGUGCUUGUACCCGAUAAUUCAGUUUGCAGGGCUCGGAACAAAGGGAUUUUGGGACAGAGUUCCUGGAAUAGGCUGAUUUCACCCAUCUGCCAAGAUGUCAAAGAGGCCUUCCUUUGCCCCUCCCCCCACCCCUGCCCCCAUGACACAAAUGCCCAACACUCCCGGGUUUGUGGGCUACAACCCAUAUAGCCACCUGGCCUACAACAACUACAGGCUGGGAGGAAACCCUGGCAGCAACAGUCGGGUAACGAAUGCAUCAGGUAUUGCCAUACCCAAACCACCCAAGCCACCAGACAAGCCUUUGAUGCCCUACAUGCGAUAUAGUAGGAAGGUCUGGGACCAAGUAAAAGCCUCCAAUCCCGAUCUGAAGCUAUGGGAAAUUGGGAAGAUAAUCGGUGGCAUGUGGAGGGACCUCACUGAUGAGGAGAAACAGGAAUAUUUGAAUGACUACGAAGCAGAGAAGAUCGAGUACAAUGAGAGCAUGAAGGCUUACCACAACUCCCCCGCGUACCUGGCCUACGUCAACGCCAAGAACCGCGCCGAGGCCGCCCUGGAGGAGGAGAGCCGGCAGCGGCAGUCACGUCUCGACAAAGGCGAGCCCUACCUCACCAUCCAGCCGGCCGAGGACCCCGACGAUUACGACGACGGUUUUUCCAUGAAGCACUCGGCCGCGGCCCGUUUCCAGCGUAAUCACCGCCUCAUCAGCGAGAUCCUGAGCGACAGCGUGGUCCCGGACGUGCGCUCCGUCGUCACAACGGCACGCAUGCAGGUGCUCAAGCGCCAGGUCCAGUCGCUCAUGGUGCACCAGAGAAAGCUGGAGGCUGAACUGCUGCAGAUUGAAGACCGUCACCAGCUCAAGAAGAGGAAAUUUCUGGAAGCAACUGAGGCAUUCACCAAUGAGCUGAAAAGGCUGUGCUGUAUGAAGGUGGAGGUGGACAUGGAAAAGAUCUCUGCGGAAAUGGCCGCCGCCGAGGAGGCCUCCCGCAAGCGCAUGGCGGAACGGGAGCGGGAGAUGUCCGAGGAGCCGGAACAACCUGCAAGCCCCACCUCCUCCUCCUCUGACAAGACGAAGCCCCCGGGCCUCGGCAAGGCCCCCCCACUCUCCCAAAGUGACGGCAGCAAGAAAGAAGAAGACGAGGAGCCUGCCUCGGACACCAAACCCACAGACACCGCCGAGAAGUCGAAAGCUCCAGAGGAGCAGGAGGCCCCGGCGGCCAGCGAGGAGGCCGCCCAGGAGGACAAGGAGAGUGUGGCCGAGGCCACCAUGGAGGAGUGCACCAGCGACAGCAACACCGGCUCCGAAACCCCCUGCACCCCCACCGAGGAGACCGCGCACCCCGAGUCCACCUUCGAAGGGUCCUCAGGAGGAGGUCGUCCCACGCACUGAACAGCCCCCCCGCGCCUUCUCCCCACCCCUACUCCGUCUCACUCCCCAAGACUACGGGUCCACCGAUCCACCGUCCAAUUAAAAAACCCACCCACCCAGCCAAUCAAGUCUCCUCAUGAGAGACUUCAUGCUGGAAAGGCGUCUCCAAGCUGAGCCACCACUUGUCCAACUGUCCCCCAGUCACUAUUGCACUUGUCUUCACUGAUAUGAGAUGACAAAAAGAACGCACAGACACACAAAGAACACACAAACACAUGUGUACACACACACACACACACACACAAUCUGCAUAUCAGUGUUAACAUUGUUCUGUUUGUUUGUUUGUUUUUUAAAUCAUGGACUUGCUCUUUUUUGCGCAAAUGACUCCGCACACAUGACCUCUUUGGCCGUAGUCGAGAGCUCUGCUCGUCAUCAGCUUUUGGUCUGCACAGUGUCGAGUGCUGUUUUUAAUAGGAAUGGAAACAAUAUUGCAUGGGGUCAUGUCCAAGUUUGACUGGAAUAUGUCACUUCGUUAUUAGCAUUAUUAUUUUAUUUCUACUUUUUAAAUGGGUGCAGUUGUAUUUUCGGUAGGUCAUUGUUGUGCUGUUGCAGUGUACAGCUAUGGUAUUGCACACAAAGAGUAACACCUGGGCCUGGCCCCACACACAGUUUAGUGUUUUCCUGUAUGUUUAUAUGCGGUGUUCACACACAGGUUUAUACCUGUGGCUGUUGUCUCUCGAUGAAAUAAUUAUCACGUUGACCUGUACCUGUCACUUCCCGUGAGGCAGGUUGGUGCGGUGGACAUCCGGUACACCGUGUUCAGUAAACGGUUACAUCAUUUGUAUGCAAAUGCAGACUGAGCC